AUGCGAACAUUGGAAUGUGAUAAUAUGGAAGCGAAAAUCGACGGUGGGCAGUUACACCAUCUUCGCUUUCCUGAUGGCAUCGUCCUUAUAACACCAAACAUUGGCCAAGCGGAACAUAUGCUUGACGACUUUGAUAAAGCCUGUGGAAGGAUUGGUCUUCGACUAAAUCUCACAAAAACGAUGUUCAUGAAAAACGGAUUGGUUUCGCAUGUUCCAUUUACGCUCAACGGAACGAAUAUCUCCGAAUGCUCCAGUUAUAUUUAUGUAGGUCGGGAAAUCAAUACGAUAAACGACCUAGCUCCGGAGCUGAGCAGAAGAAAACGAGCGGCUUGGGGAGCCUUCAAGAGCAUCGAGGAUGUAGUGAAGAGAACAAACAACACCCGACUCCGUGCCCACCUUUUCGACUCAGCGGUACUUCCUGCCCUAACGUAUGCGUCAGAAACCUGGUCGCUGCGUAAGCCGGAUGAAAGGUCAUUCAACGUUAUCGAACGCGCAGUCGGAAGGAGGACGCUAGGAGUAUCCCGUUUCACCCAAGUAAGGGAUGGGAUUCAGAGCUCCGAUCUGCGUCAACGAUCAAAAAUCAAAGAUGCCGUUCUGUACGCCAAACAGUUGAGGUUAACUUGGGCCGGACACGUAAUGCGUAUGAAUGACAACUGA